UACGUCAUACGUAAAUACUGUUGGUUAGUUCAGAGCUAAGCUAGCUGCAGUAGCGUAGGUAACAUGGCUUUUACGCUAUAUUCUCUCAUUCAAGCAGCGAUCCUCUGUGUUAAUGCUGUGGCUGUACUGCACGAAGAAAGAUUUUUAAGUAAAAUUGGCUGGGGAGUGGACCAAAGUAUCGGUGGUUUUGGUGAUGAACCAGGCAUCAAAGUGCAGCUGAUGAACCUAAUCCGCUCUGUGAGGACAGUGAUGAGAGUGCCUUUGAUCGGAGUGAAUUCAGUCUGCAUUGUGCUGCUGCUUUUGUUUGGAUGAAGAGGAGUGAAGUUCGGGAACACAAAUCUGCUGUCCGGAGAAUGUCUCCAUUACCUCAGGAAAACAAGAAAAACAUUUUGUCUCUUUAACACACAGAUCGCGCCACUUUAAAGUGGGACAUUUGUUUUAGCCUUUUUUCUACAGCCAUUAACUUAAAAUGAACAAUUGCAAACCCUCUGUCCCUUUAAAAGUUCAAUAAAUGGUUAAUAGUUUACACUUAAUUUGCUUCUUGAUUGAAAGUUUUUCCAGUUACCCUCUGAUGAAUCAACAAUGUGAAAUAUUGGUCAUGUCACUGUGUGGGUAGCUGUAAAUUGAGUGUAAAAACUGAAGGAUAUAAAUUAAGUCUAAGAUAUGUGGUAUGUUGUCGGAAUGUUGAACAAUAAAGAGUUGAUAAAUUUUG